CCCUUUUGCCAGCUCUGUCUUUACUGUGUAAUGCAGCAAGGAAACUACAAAGACAAGGGAGGUUCAGAAAUGGAUGGACUUGAAGAGGAUGACUUGUUCGAGUUGUCUUCACCUCUUUCUCUUCAAAACAUUGGCAACACAAUUUGUAAGCUGACGUCAACGUUAUGUGAUGACGUGGAAGAUGAAGAAGAUGAUUUUGAUAACAGCUUUGCCUUCCAGAUUGAUCAAAGAUUGUUGAUUGAUCCUCGUCUUGUUUUGCUUGACAAAAUGAUCGGUGAAGGCUCUCACUCUACCGUUCAUGAAGGAUUCUACAAACUCAAACCAGUUGCAGUGAAGGUCAUUCAGCCAAGUAAUACAUCAGCUGUAACUCGUGAGCAUAAAGAGAGAUUUCAGAGGGAGGUUUUACUGUUGUCUAGGAUGAACCAUGAAAAUGUUGUAAAGUUUGUUGGUGCUUCUGUGGAGCCAACUAUGAUGAUAGUUACUGAGCUCAUGAAAGGUGAAACACUUCAGAAGUAUUUGUGGAGCAUACGCCCAAAGCGUCUAGAUCUGAAGCUUUCAAUAAGUCUUGCAUUGGAUAUUUCUCGAGCCAUGGAAUACUUGCAUGCCAAUGGCAUUAUUCAUCGUGACUUGAAGCCAAGCAAUUUACUUCUCACAGAGGAUAGAAUGCAAAUCAAGCUGGCUGACUUUGGGCUAGCUAGAGAGGAAGCAAUGGGUGGAAUGACUUGUGAGGCUGGUACUUACCGGUGGAUGGCUCCGGAGUUAUACAGCAGAGAUCCUCUUCCAGUAGGGGCAAAGAAACACUAUGAUCACAAGGUGGAUGUGUACAGCUUCUCAAUUGUUCUGUGGGAGUUGCUGACAAACAAAGUUCCAUUUAAAGGAAGGGACAAUGUAACAGUGGCAUAUGCAGCAGCAAAAAAUGAAAGGCCUAGUGUGGAAAGUCUUCCAGGAGAUAUUGUUUCUCUGCUGCAGUCCUGUUGGGCAGAGGACCCGAAGGUCCGACCAGAAUUUAAAGAAAUCACUGGCUCUCUCUCAAACUUCCUUCAGAACUUAUGCUCAACAGAGACCACACCUCCCGAGAUAGUUUCAAUUGAUUAUUCGGAAAGCCAUGUACAGGAAGAUUCCAUUGAUGCUGGCCAUGCUCCCAACAAGUCUGAUGACAAGGGAAAGAAGCAGAAGACUUCUUCUACAUUCUUCUGCUGCUUUGAUGACUGCUUAUCAGAUUAAUCAGGUGGGUGGUGGAUCAUGUUUUCAGUUCUUAAACGGCUGAGAGUAAUGUAAAAUUG